AACAAGUUCUAUAUGAUUUUAAUAUGUAAUAAAUCCCCCUGUCACCUCCUCCCCCCAAAAAAAAUAUCGCAUAUAAAUACCUGAAUAUAUUAGUCAAAAGUGUAAUGUCAGAAGUUCCGAUUCUUGAAAAAGAAAUGAAAAUUUAAGAAAAUGGAACAAAUUUUCCAAAGAAAGACUUCUACCGUUCCACCUGUUGACUUGCUGCUCAAGUGUAUGCGUCAUAUGUCAUAUGAUUUAUUAUAAUAAAACACACACUUUAAAUAUACAAGGUUAAUAUUUAGAGCGAUAUUAUUGAUCUGUUAAAGUACGGAAGAAAAAGGAAAAAUGAGUAAACGUAGCCGAGAUCCAGCGAUAAAUAAACUGAGAGAGGUGAAAGCAGAGGCCGAAUCACUGGGAGUACCCGAGUCAAUUAUCAAUGGUAUACAGGCUGUGGAUGAUUUGACAAAGGCUCGAGAGGAUUAUUGCGACAAUAAGACAUCGACACCAAGUGAGUCAAUGGCAGCACUGAUAAAAGAUACUUUAGAACAUCCCUGGCAGAACGUAUACGAAGAAGGGAAAACGAAAUGGAAUAUCACCCCUAGAAUGAUGUCGGGAAAUCUGGAGGGAUAUGUAUUAAAAUUCUUAGUCAGUGCUUCUAAAUCCAAAAACGUUCUUGAGGUCGGUAUGUUCACUGGAUGUUCUGCAUUAGGAAUGGCGGAAGCUAUUCCGGAUGACGGGAAGGUCGUCACUUGUGAACUUGAUUCAUACCUAGUAGACCUAGCUAGAAAAUUUAUGGACAGGUCGCCACAUGGAAAGAAGGUCGAAAUUCUUACUGGUCCAGCAAUAGAAAGUUUAAAUAGUUUGGCUAAGAAAAAUGAGAAGUUUGAUUUCAUCUUCAUAGACGCUGAUAAAGCGGGCUAUUGUGAUUAUUUUAAUAUAUGCUUCUCCGAACUUCUCGCUCCCAGAGGUACUAUUGCCAUGGACAAUGCCUUAUUUAGAGGUAAACCGUACGUGGAAGAUACACCACCUGACGAAGGCGUUACCAAGUUUAACAACAUGAUCGUGACGAGAAAAGAUAUUUAUUAUGUAAGUAUCGUACUAGAAAUUCUAACUUACUAGACGUCGGGAUAUACACAUUAUAACUUACUAGACGUCGGGAUAUACACAUUAUAACUUACUAGACGUCGGGAUAUACACAUUAUAACUUACUAGAAGUCGGGAUAUACACAUUAUAACUUACUAGACGUCGGGAUAUACAAAUUAUAACUUACUAGACAUCGAGAUAUACACAUUAUAACUUACUAAACGUCGGGAUAUACACAUUAUAACUUACUAGACGUCGGGAUAUACACAUUAUAACUUAGUAAUACUAGACGUCGCGAUAUACACAUUAUAACUUACUAGACGUCGAUAUAUGAACAUUAUAACUUACUAGACUUCGGGAUAUAUAUAGAUUCUACCACUGCAUCGAGUGUGAUACGAUAUUUAUCCACUCGAGACAGUUAAAUUUUCAAAUUUAAAACGCGAGGCUCGCCGAGCGUUUUAAAUAUUUAAAAUUUAACUGCCGAGAGUGGAUAAAUAUCGUAUUACACGAGAUCACGAGAUUUGGUGGUGGAAUCUGUUUCUCUAAUGAUUUUCAAACAAUAUGCAGGCAAAGUUAUUCCUUCUUUUUGAAUAAUCUGCAAAAAGAUGUGUUCUUUCUAUGUGACGUCAUCAGGAAUGGUCGCCUUUUUUCAUGCCGUCACAAUAGGAAAUUCAGAGAAUAGCAAGAAAAUUCGACGUCAUAAUCGGAUUUUAACCAAUGAAGAACUGAGAUCAAACGAACCACACGUUGAUUAAAUUUUUUUUACACAAUGGGUGCAGAAAGGGAUAAAUUGACGAAGAAUUAGAGAAACACAUUAUAACUUACUAGACGUCGGGAUAUACACAUUAUAACUUACUAGACGUCGGGAUAUACACAUUAUAACUUACUAGACGUCAGGAUAUACACAUUUAAAAAUCAUGUUUUGGUUAAUCAACCUAAAACUUCAUACAAAGAUAUUCAAUGAACAGAUUAAAUGAAAUCUGAUAAUGUUAUACUGACAGUCUCAACAUAGUUUUGAAUUAAAACUAAACGUGUUGACAAAACAAUUGAUCUAUAACACGUUACAAAUAUUAUCAUAUCUGCAUCUUUCAUACACAAAAUCAUUAAAAUAUAGUCAUUUAAUGCAAUAUUUCAAAAUCUACAUUUUGUAAAUGAUAGGCAAAGAACCGACCACAAGUAUUUGACUUUGACAAAUCAUUUCAAAUAUAAGAUCUUACUCACAUAACAUUUUUGUGGUUUGUUUACAAAAACUAUUCCAAUUAAAGAAAAACUCAAGAAAAAAUCAAAUCUUUUAAAUAAUGAUAACUGAAAAUUACCUCUCAUAUAUAUAUAUAUAUAGUUGAAAUGCUCUAGUUUUUUCUCAAACUAUGUCGUAAUCUAAACGCAUCUGCAAUAUGCUUUUUCACUACAAUUUCUUUUAUCGACAGUCACAACCGUGCUUUACUUCAGUGAUGCUAUGAAAAUACCUACUAAAUCAGAUGUGUAUACCAAAAUGUUUUUAAAUCUGCCAGAGUACCUAUAAACAAAGUCCAUCUCUUAGUUUCUAACAAAAUUUAUUUAAAACUGAAAUCAUGAAGAUGCUUGAUUUUCUGGUUGAAAUAAAAUACAUUUGUUAUGUUUGUUUGACGAAGUUUUGCAUUGGAAUUCAACUAUUUUCCCUUUUUCCUCGACUUUUUUUUCUCAUUUGCUUGACUCCAUAUAUGAUUUUAAAAGAACAUCUUAAAGAUAUCCUUUCAAUUUGUGACCUUAAGAAGUAAUUAUCUCUCUGGAACACCUGUAUAACCCAGUGUUUUGCCGGGUUUUUAAGGUGCUCAUUCCGUUUAGAUCUACACAUAUGCAUGUGUGUAUUUUUCAAAGAAAAUUGUUGCUCUGUUCGUCUUCCUUCUUUCAUCAACGGGUUUUUUUUUUUCAACUUAUGAAUUUUGACACCUCUUGGAAUCUUUUUUUUUCAUUCUCACAAUUGGCCCUUGUAAACAAAAAACAACAAACAUUUUCCCCAAAAUGAUUGACGAAGUGCAAAACACAAACAUAGUAUCUAAAUUCACACCUUUCAUUAACAAACAUUUGAAGUCUGUUGAUAUCACCGAGACUAUUGAGUAAACAUAUUAGCCUUUGUUUAAGAAUAAUUAAAAAUAAUAUUGCCAUUAAAUAAAAACGAAAAUAACUUCCAGAUCGUUAGACAAAUCACUGAAUUAUGAAAACAAUGCAAGGCAUAAAUAUUUGCAAUCUUCAUACAAACAAGUAGUCAACGGAUCCAAACUAUUAUUUCAGAUAUUCAUGGUUGCAUUUUUAUUUGUUAAGUGUUGACAAGUCAUUCUUAUUUGUAAAUAUAUCGGUGAUUGUCACCCAUUCAUUAAACACUUGACUUAUA